AUGUGCAUCUUCAACUUUAUCAAUAUCUCUGGCGAAGAACGUCCUGUUUCCGGUCCUGUCUCUAGUCUCUGGGACAUUUUUCAGCCCCAGGGCACUGAUACUCUCCCCGCCGAAGUUGGGACUACCACUGCUGACCCCGCAGAGAUCCUCCUUCCUGGUAUCGAUGAUGAUGGUCUUGGCCAGUCCGUCGACAUUGUGCCGUCCGGUUCCCUGAACAACGAUCUCGGUGCUCUCUCGGAUUCCACCUCUUCCGAAACUGUCAAAGCCGCGCCUUCUCCAGCUGUCGGUUUCAUAACAACUAUUGCGUCUGCUGUUGACUUCGAUAGGGGCGAUGUGGGGACGACUAACUUCACAGAGUUUGUGGAGGCCCAAGAAGCUGUUGAGGACGCCAGGGGGGGCGAGUUCGCUGACGAUUCCGGCGACGUUCCUGGCCAUCCCGCCAAUGAAGUCCAUCUCUUCACUGCGCUCAUCGACCUCACCGACGACGAAGAGUUCGACGAGCGCAGCGAAGCCCUUCAUGUCGCGCACGAGGCAAGCCAACUCCGCAACGAUGCACACAUCAACAUUCUCAACCGUCUUAUCGACGACCUCGAGGCCGACAAGGCCCGCCUUUCCUCUGCUCUCUUCGACCUCGAGAGCAAGCAACUCCUCAGUGAAGAUCGCAUCUGCGCCCUCUCGGCGGACGUGCACGACCUCACCUCUGAUCGCAGCGAACUCCGUGGCGCACUCGCAAAGGUCAAGGCCGCAUACGCCGCCGCUCAAGUCAAGACUGAAGCAGAUAGGAUCCGCAUCGCAAAGCUCAAGUUGAAGCUCGCAGCCGUCGAGACUCAGCUGCAACAACUCCACCACGACCAUCACGAAGCACACACCAUGAUCUCGACGUUGUCGCAUUCGUUGGACGAGCACAAGUCGGCACUGGAAGACGUCCAGGCGCACAAUCGAGGACUCCGUUCUCAGAUGUACGAGGAGAGGGAGAUCGCGCAGGGGACGAGGGGCAACCUGGCGGCGGUCCAGAACGCACUCGUGGACCUCAAGGGCCAGCUCGAAGAGCAGGCCGCCUGUGCUCGAGAAGCGGUCACUCGCCAGGACCAGAUUGAGGUCGCUCUGGAAGAGGCGAGGUCUCUCGUCACCGAUGCCCUUGGGCGAGCGCAUUUCUUCGAGGAGCGGGCGGCUGAAGCUGCAGAGGCUUAUGAUGCCCUAUAUCAAGACAACGAGACCCUCUCACACAGGCUCUGUCGACAGGAGCGCUUGACCAGGAAGGUGCAACACGAGCUCAGCGCGGCAGAAGGACGGAACGGCAGCUUGGAGGCGGAACUGGUAAUCAAGAAGGCGUCUCUCACCACCACAAACGCCCUGGUCCAAGAAGUCACACAUGAGCUGGAGGAGACGCGCUCUGCGCUCCACUGUGCCAAGCGCGACGGGGUCGACCUCAAGCACGAUCUCGAAGCUGCUCAAGCAUCUGUUUCCGUCCUCAAUGCCAAAGUCGAGGCACUCGGUGGCGAGCUUGCGACUACCAAGGCUGCACUUUCUGCCUCUGGUGGCCGUAACACCCAGCUCGAGGCUCAGCUCGAAGACGAACGCCAGUCAUCUGCUGCCCGGAUCACUAUGGUCGAGCGCGAAGUUCAAGAACGUCUUGACCAACAGCAGGCUCGGCAUCAAGAGGAACUCACUGCGGCGGAGAAUUGCGCCAAGGAGAAGGAAGCCGCGUACAAGGCGGAAAUUGCAAGACUUCAGGACCUCCUCGCACAGACCAACACCGCCUUCAACCACGUCCUCGUUCAGACCAGCGCCCUCGCGGAACGAGAAGAGGUCCAUCUGGCGACGCAAGCUGCCCUGGCCAAGGAGCGACGGGCAGUGGCUCGGAAGAACAGCGAGAUCCAGCGUCUCCGGCAGGAGAACGUCAGCCUCAAUGAGCACCUCGAGACCGCAGAGCGCACGUCUUUCAAGCUCGACGAGGAGCUGGGCAACGUCACCUCGCGGGUCAACGCGGUCUUAGAGGAGAAGCGAAUCGUCGUGGAGCAGCUUGCUGAGAAGAGCGUGGUCGUUGACGAGCUCCAAAAGGUCAACCAGAAGAUGGGCAUCCAGAUGGAGGACGCCAGGGAGCAACUCGCGGCGCUAUACGAGGAGCACGAGACGACGCGGAGCCUGAGCGAGGUCUCCAUCGACGAGGUCCGGCAGCUGAAGAGCGACUUUGAGGAGCGGACUUGCGAGACACUUGAGUCUGUCCUGACGGAGAAGGAGCAGCUGCGGGCGGAGAAGAAAGCAGCCGAGAAGGAGCUUGUCCGCGUCCGGCGCGAGUCUCAGGUAAAGAUCGACUCGUUCGAGAAGGACAACAUCGAGCUGCGCCUUGCGCUGCUGAAGAAGCCUCAGUCGGCGGAGCUGUACGAGACAAAGAAGCUCAUUGGCGUGUAUACCGAACGCAUCGCGAACUGCUCGCAGUGCGCAAUUAUUUCCACCCCCGCUGCUCGCUUCAAGAGUCGAGGCAAAGAGAAUUUCAAUGUCGUCGACGACUCUUUGUUUAGUGUCAGCGUCGACAACAUCCUUGCCAAUCUGUCCUUCACCCCUCGCAGUCCGCUUGUUUCGCGCAUCAACAGCUAA